CACGUAGACAAGAUGAACCAAGAGAAAUAUCCUCGCUCCUCAAUUGAGGAUGAUUUUAAUUAUGGCACGAAUGUUGCGACGGCGAGCGUACACAUCCGGAUGGAUUUCCUACGCAAAGUGUACACAAUCCUGUCCGUGCAGAUAAUCCUGACCACAGCUUUGUCUGCCCUGUUUAUGUUCUGUGAGCCCAUCAAGAACUUUGUACAUUCCAGUCCCUCACUGGUCUUGCUGUCUGCAGUUGGAUCUCUGUUUUUGAUCAUUGCUCUGGCUAUUUACCGCCACCAGCAUCCCAUCAACCUCUAUUUACUCCUGGGAUUCACCAUGUUGGAGGCCGUGUCUGUAGGUACAGCUGUGACGUUUUAUGAAUACUCAGUGGUAUUCCAGGCCUUCGUGCUCACAUCAGCCGUGUUUGUUGGUCUGACUGCCUACACACUCCAGUCCAAACGGGACUUCAGCAAGCUCGGCGCUGGGCUGUUCGCUGGUCUGUGGAUUCUCAUCAUUGCCGGCUUUAUGAGGAUUUUCUUCCACAACGACACGGUGGAGCUGGUGUGCGCCGGCGCCGGCGCUCUGCUCUUCUGCGGCUUCAUCAUCUAUGACACACACGUUCUGAUGCGCAAGCUGUCGCCCGAGGAGCACAUACUGGCCUCAAUCAACCUGUACCUGGAUAUAGUCAACCUCUUCCUGCACAUUCUGCGCAUCCUUGACUCCAUGAAGAAGAACUGAGUGGUGAACCUGCAUGUUCUUGCUUCUGUAAGCUGAUGCAGGUGGCAGGUGAUUUCUGUGUUGUUAGUAAAAAUCAAUUACAUCCAUGAAA